CGCGUCGGCGGAAGCGCGACGGGCCGGGCGGCGGCGAGAGGGGAGCGAGCCGAAUGCCCCGGGCUGUCCCGCCGGGACCGCACCUACGCCUCUCCGGGCCGCGGCGCACGAUGGGCUCCCGCGCGGGCUGAGCCUCGCCGUGACGGAAAAAUGAGUGGUGGGUUGGCACCAAGCAAAAGCACAGUAUAUGUCUCCAAUUUACCCUUUGCUUUGACAAACAACGAUCUGUACAGGAUAUUUUCGAAGUAUGGGAAAGUUGUCAAAGUUACCAUUAUGAAAGACAAAGACACCAGAAAGAGCAAAGGAGUUGCCUUUAUUUUGUUUCUGGAUAAAGAAUCUGCACAAAACUGUUCUCGGGCACUUAAUAACAAACAGUUGUUUGGAAGAGUAAUAAAAGCAAGCAUUGCCAUUGAUAAUGGAAGAGCAGCAGAAUUCAUUCGCAGGCGUAACUACUUUGAUAAGUCUAAGUGUUACGAAUGUGGGGAAGCAGGACACUUAAGUUAUGCUUGUCCUAAAAAUAUGCUAGGGGAGCGGGAACCACCAAAAAAAAAAGAAAAGAAGAAGAGAAAGAAAAUAGUUGAGCCAGAAGAAACUGAGGAGGAAGAAGAAAGCGAAGAGGAAGGAGAAGACCCUGCUCUAGAUAGCCUCAGCCAAGCCAUAGCUUUUCAGCAAGCCAAAAUUGAGGAGGAACAACAAAGAUGGACCCAGACUGCAGGGGAAUCUUCAAUUUCAGAUGAUUCAAAACGUCCACGGAUUAAGAAAAGCGCUUAUUUCAGUGAUGAGGAAGAACUUAGUGACUGAACUAAUACUGUUCUAAAUGCAUAUAUAAGAUAUAUAUAGUGUGCAUUUUGUAAAGUGCUACAAAGUGAUCUGUAAUACAGGUGUGUUUUGGUGUUGAAGACACUGAAAAUCAUGUUUUAUUUUUAUUCUGUCUCCUGACUCUCUCAUCUUUUUAUAUCUGUGUCUCAAAACCUUACCUUUCAAGGCAAUUUUUUAAGAAAAUGAUGUGAUUGUACACUUAAAUCCAGAAAAGUGUGAGAAUGCAACCUGCAGUUAGUAUCUUGACCCAAGUCCUAGCAGUGAAGGGUUUCAUGAGAGAAUUUCCCAAGGCUUUUUUCCUAAGAGGAGUUCCUCUUAGGAUGAUUGUUAGCACCACUGAUGCUUUAUGUAUUGGUCUGUUUGAAAGCAGUGCUUUAGUAGUACUUAAGUACAAUAUGAAUCUUGCACUAGUUCCUCUGCAUAGGGUUGAAUUUCAGCUUUAAGCAUUGUCUUUUAACUCUUCAUGCAAUAAUAUAAUAAAUUAGGUCACUGUUU